AUGCCUCAAUUCGAUCAGUUUUCAUUUUUGAAUCAAGUAGCUUUCUUUUUAUUUUUUUUCUUUAAUUUUUAUUUUUUUAUUUCAUAUUUUUUAUUACCUACAAUUUCUUCUAACAUUAAAUUUAGAAAAAAAUAUAUUAAUUCAAAAAUAAACGAAAAAACUUUAUUAAAUUUAGAAAUUAAAAAUAAACAAAUUUCAUAUACUAAUUUAUUUAAAGAUUUUAGUAAUUAUUAUGAAACUACUUUAAGUCAAAAUAUUUUAAAUUACAAUAUUUAUAAAAAUGAAUAUUUAUUAAAAAAUUCAUUAAUAAAUUUAGUUUAUGUAAAUAAAAUAAAAAAUUUAUUUAAUAAAAAAUUUAUAUUAUCUAAAAAAUAUUUAUAA